GCGUUUUCAGUUCGAAGUACAAAACUGCAAAUGGACGCAGACCUUGUCGGGGCGUGGGUAAGCACAGAAGCGUUCGGCAACACCUCGCUCGAUUGGAGCGAGGAUGUCAAGGCAGGAAAGGCUGUGCUGUAUCUGACGUUCACAGAGGAAGGCAGCGUGCAGUUUGACGUCCAAGGGCCGAGGACGUAUGCGCAUGUGCUGCCGGCCGAGACGUUGCACUGCACUGCGAAGGACGGACUGAUCUCCAUACCUGGCGAUGCCUCGGGGCUAGCGUGGAACUAUCGAAUUGAAGACACCGAUGCUCUUCAAUUGCGACUGGUUGGGGCGAAGCGGUUUGCACGGUGUAAAGGUGUCGAUACCAUCUACUUAACACGACGACAACACAGCUACGACUAACGUUAGUAUUUUUGCAAUGUACAACCAUA